CUGUCAAAAUUAUAUUUUAUUAAGGUGGCCUCUAAUAUCCAACCACUACAGAAUAAUGCCGUUGUAAAGUUUUUGAAUGCAGAAAAGCCUGGGUAUGGCCAGCAGUGGGCCGUUCACUGGAUAACACGUGGACUAGGCGAUUUAGAAGAGAUGGUGUCCCGGACCACUGGUGGCAAAUACGCUGUCGGCGACCAGAUCAGUAUAGCGGACAUUUGCAUUCCAUCUAUUCUCUACAAUGCUAAAAGGUUCGGCAUAGACGUUUCGGCUUAUCCAAAACUUUGCAUGAUCGACGCUAAUACGGCCAAGAUUCCUGAGUUUCAAGCCGCUCACCCGGAUCGACAACCGGAUGCAAAUCCCGAAGCGAAAUAA